GUGAAAACAAGGCAAAACACGUCGCAGAAGGGAGAAAGAUUUUAACACUCAGAGGGACACGAAAAUUGUCUUUUGACCUUUCUUUUUUUUUUACUUUAUCCAUGAGGGUCCUGUUUCUUAUCUCUUGCUGGAUGUUUAUGGACUUGGACUGAACAUAUAAGGUAUCGAAUCAACGGUUCCUGAAAACACAGAAAGCAAAGGGAAAGAAACCGAAAGCUUGCAGGAGGAAAAGUUCUGCUGUGGGGGAGGGUUGGUUUACAGCCACCACCCACAUCCUCUCCGCAUCAGGGUAAAGCUGGCAAGAUUUGUUCUGAGAAAUAACUAGAAGCAUAUUUUCAAAAAUGGCCAAAGCGCCAUCUGUCUGGAGUUAUGUGUCCAAGAUGUCUCAGGAGCACUUUGAAAGUCUCUAUGGCGGCUUUCCCCAAAAAGUCCGGCAUCAUCUAGGGGACUGGCUGGAAAAUCAACCUUGGGAACAUAUGACGAGAACAGACCCUUUUUGCAUUGAACUGGCAAAUUCUGUCCUAACUAAAUUAGUGGAAGAACUUGAGAAAGUGGCAAAGAGUUGUGGAAGUGAUGCACACAUGGUUCGUCAAUGGGUAGAAAAUCUUAAGACAAGGGCUCAGCAUGACCCGAUGAGCAUUAUACAGCCAUUCAGGAAUAUUUGUAAAGGAGAAGUGGACAUAGUUUUAAAACAGUAUCCACGCUUGAGUUCAGCCUUUCAAUCGAGACAGGAGGAAGUGAUGUUUAAUUUCAGAAGAAUGAAGAUGAAACACAUACUGGAGAAGGCCUUAGUGGCGCAACAAACACUGAAGCUCGCAUUAGAGAAUGUACAGCUCCAUCCUCAAGUGCAGGAUUUGUCAAGUCUUCAGACGAACUUUAAGAUUCUUCUGGAGGAAUCUUUAAAUUACCUGUCAACUCUUCAAGAACAAACAGUUAAAAGAAUCAAUAUCUGGAAGAGACAACAACAAUUGGCUGGCAAUGGAGCUGCCUUUGAUGAGAAUUUGCUUCCAUUGCAGGACAGGGUGGAGUUUGUGUUUGGUAUAUACAUUGAUCUGUAUCCUAUCAUGCAAGAACUCAAGAAGAUAGAUCAGAGAUUGGUGCCCCAGGAUAUUUUUGAUCAAAUAAAUACCAGUUUUGGUGCACUUAUAAAGAGCUCAUUUCUGGUUGACAAACAGCCGCCUCAAGUACUGAAGACACAAACCAAGUUUCAAGCCAGUGUCAACUUUAUGCUGGGCCCCACAAUCCUUACUGGUGUUGGUAAAAUGCCAGAUAUAAGAGCAACUAUUAUAACUGAAAAAAGGGCACAAGAGCUGUGCCUGGCCUCUGGUACUACUAGUGAUUCAUUCAAUGAUGGUGCUGGUGAAAUAGAAAAUGGAAAAUCUGUGUUUGAAUUCACCCAAGCCACGCGAACCUGUGGAGCAGUUUUUAAAAACAUGUUGCUGAAAAAGAUAAAGCGCUGUGAGAGAAAGGGAUCAGAAUCUGUGACGGAAGAGAAAUGUGCCAUAUUGUUUACAGCUGUAAUAAAUUUCAGUGGCUCCACUUACAUUAUACAGGCCUUGUCUUUGCCAGUGGUUGUCAUAGUCCAUGGAAACCAAGAUAAUAAUGCUAAGGCUACAAUUCUGUGGGACAACGCCUUCUCUGAGAUUGGAAGACGUCCUUUCUAUGUUCAUGAGAAAGUGCCAUGGAAAAAGAUGUGCGCUACUUUAAAUAUGAAAUUCAUGUCUGAGGUGGGAACAAAACAUGAACUGUCAAAGGAAAAUUUCUGGUUCCUUGCUCAGAAGAUCUUUGGAGACAACUGUAUUAGCUGUGAUGAUCUAAAUGAACAAACUGUGUCCUGGGCCCAGUUCAACAAGGAACCACUUCGGGAAAGAACCUUUACAUUUUGGCAAUGGUUUGAUGGAGUUGUGGACCUCACCAAAAAACAUUUAAAAGAAUACUGGUCAGAUGGAUUAAUAAUGGGAUUUGCUAGUAAGCAGUAUGUACACAAGCUUCUCAGUUCAGAGCCAAGUGGUACAUUCCUGCUGCGGUUUAGUGACUCGGAGAUUGGCGGCAUUACAAUUGCACAUGUCAUUCGGGGAGAGGAUGGUUCUGGACAGAUCCAGAAUAUUCAGCCAUUUGGCACUAAGGAUCUUCAGAUACUGACGCUGGGUGAUCGGGUGAAGGAUUUAAAACAGUUGGCAUUUCUAUACCAAAAAGGGAGAAAAGAUGAUGUGUUUAAAAAAUACUAUAAAAAUGUUUCAAAUUGUAGUAGUGGAUACAAGAAAACCGAGAUAGUAGUGAAAGUUGUAGGUGAUGAAACAGAGGACAGUCAAACGUCAUGGAAUAACCCAAUUCCAAUGGACGGAAUUGAAAACCAACAACCCUCAACAAGCAGAAAUGUGCAGUAUCCGUCACCAGUCUAUGCUUCACCUGUUGGAAGUCCUGUGCACAUACCCACACCACAACCAGUGUACAGUCAUGCUAUGCCUACCUUAAUACAGUCUCCUCCAUAUCCAAUCGAGCCCACACCAUUUCCUCCAAGAUAUGUACAACCACCUGUGUAUCAGUGUGUGGACAACUCUAACAGCCCACAGUGGAUCCCAACAUAUGUCUCGGAAACAAGCUUUACCCAUACAGAUGGUCUUCAAACACAAUCGGAUUUGUUUGAACUUCUAAAGAUCAUUGAGAAUGACAGCAACAUGCCCAACAUAAGCCAUUUCAGUCCAGCUAUAAUAAAUGAUCCGACUCCCAUGCAGGGAGAUUUUAGCUGGACAAACUGACUGUGGAUUCCUACCAUUCUAACACUUGAGAUGUACAAAGACAUAAGUUAGGACAUAAGAAACUGCUCCAGGCCAAGCACUUCAUUUAUCAAGCACAGUAUAUAACCAUAUGCAUCGGUCCAUCAAGGGUUAUACUAUUUCUAUGAGAUGCUUGGAGUUAUAAUCUUCCUAAACCAAGGGAAUGAUCAUCACCAGCUGUUGAGUUCUGGAAUUCAUUACGGCAGACAUGUCCGACUGCAGUUGCGAUGAUACAACACAUCAAUUUCACGUCUUUAAACUUCCACUAUCAGGAUCUUCAGCAUUAUAGUCUGCGAAGUGAUUCAGCAAGCAAGUGGUUGGCUUUAGGAAUGCGUGAGAAUGAAUUCUGAGCCCACACAGCUCAACCUCCUCUCUGCUCUAAAUCUUUCUGGCAUUCAAUGGGUUUGGUUUAGCAGAUUCUGGUGCUUUGUGUAGGCGUCCCAACGUGGCAAUCAGAUCUGACCUUUAUUGGCUGUGUGUAGGUGGGCCUUCAAUACCACAGAAUUCUUCAGGCUGUGAGCGUUGGAUGGAGAUUUGUCACAGCCUCUGAUAUCUCAGCGUCACCAAGUCAGUCGAGUUACUCCAUGAGUGUCGUCUUUCAAAGAUCAAUGAUUAUAAUGAUUUAAACUUGUUGUUUAUAAAGAUGGCUGACUGCUUAGAAAAGAGAUGACUUAUGAGCGAGCAGAACGGCAUCGGACACAUCCCCUAUAAUUACCAAUAUUUUUGAGAAGCAGCAUGUACCAGUACAUACAAUAUUGUAUAUAUCAGUUAUUAAAUAUUUUUCUGAUAUGUGUAUUUUGUAUCUUAUCUUGAUUUCAAAAAAACCUAUACAGGUUGGUUUGAAUGUGGAUUCUAACUUUAUAAACCCAUGUUUAAAAAGUAGAAAAGACAAUAAG